CAAUUAUGGCUACCCAAGUGAUGGGCCAGUCUUCUGGAGGAGGAGGUUUGUUCACCAACAGUGGCAACAUGGGCAUGGCCUUAACUAACGACAUGUAUGACUUGCAUGACCUCUCCAAAGCUGAGCUGGCUGCCCCUCAGCUUAUCAUGUUAGCAAACGUAGCCUUAACUGGGGAAGUCAAUGGCAGCUGCUGUGAUUAUCUGGUUGGAGAAGAGAGACAGAUGGCAGAAUUGAUGCCUGUUGGGGAUAACAACUUUUCAGAUAGUGAUGGAGAAGGACUUGAGGAAUCUGCUGUAAUGAAAGGUGAAGCUGAUGGGUUAGGAAGCAUGGAACUGAGAAGUAUGGAGCUUAGUGUUGCAGAACCACAGCCUGUCUUUGAGGCCUCAUCAGCUGCCCCUGAAGUCUACAGCUCCACUAAAGAUCUUCCUCCUGAAACAUCUGGAGCAGAGGACAAAUGCAAGAACUCGAAGAGCAAACCCUUUCGCUGUAAGCCAUGCCAGUAUGAAGCAGAAUCUGAGGAGCAGUUUGUGCACCAUAUCAGAGUCCAUAGUGCCAAGAAGUUUUUUGUGGAAGAAAGUGCAGAGAAGCAAGCCAAAGCCAGGGAAUCUGGCUCUUCCACUCCAGAAGAGGGAGAUUUCUCAAAGGGCCCCAUUCGAUGUGACCGCUGUGGCUAUAAUACCAAUCGAUACGAUCAUUAUACUGCACACUUGAAACACCACACUCGGGCUGGGGAUAAUGAGCGUGUCUACAAGUGCAUCAUUUGUACUUAUACGACAGUAAGCGAGUAUCACUGGAGGAAACACUUAAGAAACCAUUUCCCAAGGAAAGUGUACACAUGUGGCAAAUGCAACUACUUUUCUGACAGAAAAAACAAUUAUGUCCAACAUGUUCGGACUCAUACAGGAGAACGCCCAUAUAAAUGUGAACUUUGUCCAUAUUCAAGUUCUCAGAAGACUCAUCUAACCAGACACAUGCGCACUCACUCAGGUGAGAAGCCAUUUAAAUGUGAUCAGUGCAGUUAUGUGGCCUCUAAUCAACAUGAAGUUACCCGCCAUGCAAGACAGGUUCAUAAUGGGCCUAAACCUCUUAAUUGCCCUCACUGUGAUUACAAAACAGCAGAUAGAAGCAACUUCAAAAAACAUGUAGAGCUACAUGUUAACCCACGGCAGUUCAAUUGCCCUGUAUGUGACUAUGCAGCUUCCAAGAAGUGUAACUUACAGUAUCAUUUCAAAUCAAAGCAUCCUACUUGUCCUAACAAAACAAUGGAUGUUUCAAAAGUGAAACUAAAGAAAACCAAAAAACGAGAGGCUGACUUGACUGAUAAUAAUGUUACCAAUGAAAAAUCAGAAUCAGAGCAGACAAAAACAAAGGGAGACAUGGCUGGAAAGAAAAAUGAAAAACCUGUAAAGGUGGAGAAAAAAGAGAAAAAGCCUUCUAAUAAUGUCUCAGUGGUCCAAGUCACUACCAGAACUCGCAAAUCCACAACAGAGACUAAAGACGUGGAUGUGCACCCAGGAAAUAAUUUGGAAAAAUCCUGUAAAACCAAGAAAAGCAAAAGAAAGAUGGAAGCCGACGUCCAUUCCUUGCAUGAUCCUGUGAAUGGGGAGGGACCUGUGAUGAAAAAGAAAAAGAAAGCAGAAAGCAAAUCCAAAAAUAGUCAAGAAGUGCCAAAGGGUGAUGGCAAAAUGGAGAAUAAGGAGGAAAAUAAGAAGCAAAAUACCUCCAUGAAAAAAAGCUCAAAGAAGAAAUCUCUGAAAAAUAAAUCAAGUAAAAAGAGCAAGUCUACUCUGAAGGAGGCUGUACAGAAGGGGUCUGCUCAGACAGAGGUUCCUCAGAUGGAGCCUGCCCUGAAGAGGCCUGCUCAAAUGGAGAGUCAGGUGGAACUGACUCCUCUUAAGGAUUCUGCCCACGUGGAGGUGGCUGAGGAGUCGGCUCAGAUGGAAGUGCCUCUUCCCAAGGAGCCUGCCCACGUGGAGGUGGCUCAGAUGGACGUGCCUCUUCCCAUGGAGCCUGCCCACCUGGAGGUGACUGAGAACGGGUCGGCUCAGAUGGAAGUGCCUCUUCCCAUGCAGCCUGCCCUCCUGGAGGUGACUGAGAAGGGGUCGGCUCAGGUGGAAGUACCUCUUCCCAUGCAGCCUGCCCACGUGGAGGGGGCUCAGAUGGACGUGCCUCUUCCCAUGCAGCCUGCCCUCCUGGAGGUGACUGAGAAGGGGUCGGCUCAGAUGGAAGUGCCUCUUCCCAUGCAGCCUGAUCAGAUGGAGGUGAUUUCGCCUGAGGCUGUUCCCAUGGAGCCCGAACAGAUGGAGGUUGUUCAGGAGUUGGCUCAGACAGAGCCUCUUCAUCCCAUUGAGCCACCUUUCCAGAUGGAGGUGGUUUCCAAACGGUCAUCUCCCAGAAAAGACAAUAAAAAGGAAAAGUCCAACAUUCAGAGUGAAAUGGCACGACAGGAGCAAGUCCUUAUUGAAGUUGGCUUAGUGCCUGUUAAAGGUAGCCAACUUGUAAAGGAAAAUGCAAGCACACAGGAUCUCUUAGCACCAUUGUCAUCACUUCCAAAGGAAAACAUAAGAGAAGAGUCAAAAGACCAAAACCUAUCCUCUGAAGGUGAAGAAAAUAAAGAAGCCCUUCUACAAAAAGAAGGAAUCGAAGAGGCAAAUAAGAAUCCAACUGAUCUUGCUGCUUCCAAGGAAUCUACCAGUGUUUCAUCCAGUGAACAAAACUUGAGUAUGACAAGUGGUGAAACUUCAAGUAACAAAUAUAAGACUGACUCAGCUGUGACGUGUGAGAAGGAAAUGAACACUGAACAGAACACAACAGAGAAUGCCCCUGGUAAAGACCCAGCUGGUGAAGAAUCAUUGUGUCUUCCAACGGAAGAAUGCCAGGCAGUGUCUGAUACAGCUUUGGCUUCACCUCCUGUUACUGUGGCAGUAAAUGAUACUCAGGAAAUUGAUGAAGAUGAAGGCAUCCACAGUCACGAUGGAAGUGACCUAAGCGACAACAUGUCAGAAGGGAGUGAUGACUCUGGAUUACACGGAGCUCGGCCUGUUCCACAAGAAACUAGUACAAAAAGUCCAAAGGAGGCUUUGGCAGGCAAAGUAGCUGAGGGAGAUUUUGUUUGUAUCUUCUGUGAUCGUUCUUUUAGAAAGGAGAAAGAUUACAGCAAACACCUCAAUCGCCAUUUGGUUAAUGUGUACUUCCUUGAAAAAGCAGCAAAAGGGCAAGAGUAAUUAAACUUUGGACUAGGUUGCAUUUCUUAGUAAGAUCUUGCAGUUUUUAAACUUCAUUUAUGGGAGUAAGCAAACUUACUAAGAUUGCUUUAAUUAGUGACCAGUAUCGAUUUUUAAGUGACAUUCUUUUCCUUAGGACUUUAUGUGUAUCUGUUGAUUUUUAGCAAGUCUAAUGGAGUUAAUAUAAUGAAACCAAGCAGAUACCUAAAUCUUAGCCAUACUUAGCCAGUUGAAGUGAGAAAGCCAGCAUGUUACAUAGCAUUCUAUUGCUUUGUCCGGUUACUUGUCAUUUUUUGUCUUCUCUUUUACUUUACUUUUAGUUUCUUGUUGUGCUUGGUAAGAAUUGGCUUAAUAGCAAAUUACUUGAAGAAUUUGCCUGCUUUAUGUAAAAUUAGCACUUUAAGAUUUCUUUAGAAAUGAAAAAGGUAUUUACAUUGAAGAAAAAUGCUCCCAAUAGUGGAUGUUGUUAUCAGUCCAGGUAUUUACUUCCUGAAUUUUGAUCUUAUUUCAUGUUCAUAUGUUAAUCAUCUUUAUAAAACAGUGAUUUGGGUGGGAUUUGUUGGGGGGGUGCUUUAAUGGCUUAAGAUGUUGCACAUUGUUUUUUUUUAACCUAUGCAGUUAAAUUUUUUUCUAGAAUAGCAUUUGUGUUGAACAGUAACACU